UGCAAGUGAACGCGACGCACAGCUCUCACUGAUUGCACUGAGCCGUUGUCAGAUUGGACAGUUAGCUUGCUUUCUCUCGUAUGCACCGGAUAUUUAGAGGGUAAGGAAAGUUACGUUAACAUAGGUGCGGAGAUUAUUUCCACAGAUAAAUUUAAAGUAAGAGAUAUUUAGAAAAACAUUAAGAGCAUUGACAGGUGGAUGUAAAUUCCGCCUGUAACAUGGAGCACCUGUCGUCAACCACCAACCGGUUCGUGAAUGCGAUGUACAGGCAGCGCGUUGUCUAGUUUAGCCAUAGAAGACUGUGAGGACGCUGAAUUGGCCUAUACCAUGAGAGACCUGCCCCCUAGAGCCGGUCACACCUUCCCUGGACGUGAGAUGCCCAUGAUGGACAGAGAGCCGGAUGGCAGCACCCGCCCUCAUACUCCAGGGACGCCCACUUUCACACGGCCGAUGACCAGAAGUCUCCUGGGCUCCGAGUCGGAGUUACCCUGUCGUGGGCAGCUCAGCUCCAUGAGCUCACUGGAUUCUCCCUUGAGCCCUUCUCGCCCGAAAAGUCCCUGGGGCAGAUUUGACCCCUAUGACUCUGCUGAGGAUCAAGAUAAGGAGUAUGUCGGCUUUGCAACGCUGCCUAACCAAGUGCACAGGAAAUCUGUAAAAAAGGGGUUCGCCUUUACUCUUAUGGUGGCAGGGGAGUCGGGUUUAGGGAAAUCUACACUAGUCAACAGUCUCUUCCUGACAGAUCUUUACAAAGACAGGAAGAUGCUGAAUGCUGAAGAGCGGAUCGCACAGACAGUGGAAAUCACGAAACACACUGUAGCUAUAGAGGAAAAAGGAGUCAAAUUAAAACUCACCAUUGUGGAUACGCCAGGAUUCGGUGAUGCGGUCAACAACACAGAGAGCUGGAGGGCAGUUGUGGACUACAUUGACCAGCAGUUUGAGCAAUACUUUCGUGACGAAAGCGGCCUCAAUCGUAAAAACAUUCAGGACAACCGUGUACACUGCUGCCUCUACUUCAUCUCACCUUUUGGCCACGGUCUUAGACCGAUGGAUGUGGAGUUCAUGAAGAUGCUACAUGAGAAGGUCAACAUAGUGCCUGUGCUGGCCAAGGCAGAUAGUCUUACUCCACUGGAAGUCAGAAAAAUGAAAAUGAAGAUUCGUGAGGAGAUUGAGAGAUUCGACAUCAACAUCUACCAGUUCCCUGAAUGUGAUUCAGAUGAAGAUGAGGAGUUUAAACUGCAGCACCAGGAACUGAAGGACAGCAUUCCUUUUGCAGUAAUUGGCAGUAACGUUCAAGUCGAAAGCCAAGGCAGGCGCUUUAGAGGCCGUCAGUACCCCUGGGGUGUGGUGGAAGUGGAGAACCCUGCUCACUCUGACUUCUUGAAGCUGAGGAACAUGUUGGUGCGCACCCACAUGCAAGACCUAAAGGAUGUGACGCGGGAAACGCAUUACGAGAAUUACCGCGCACAGUGCAUCCAGAAUAUGACGCGCAUGGUGGUCAGAGAGAGGAAACGCAGUCUGUGUAACCGGCUAAGAGACAGUAUGUCAGACCUUCCUGUGCCUCUGAUGCCAGUGGACAGUGAGACUGAGCGCCUUAUAUGGGAGAAAGAUGAGGAGUUGCGGCGAAUGCAGGAAAUUCUGGAAAGGAUUCAGGAACAGAUGCGCCAUGGACAUUAAGAGAGAUUAAUCAAUUCAUUUAAAUGGGUUUACAAUAGAAAUAUGGCUUGAGAUGUCAAAUGUUUAAGCUGCAGGAAACUGCUGUGAAUAUAAUAUUAACUGUAAAAUGUGUGCAUCUUGUGAACACAGGUGUUUGAAAGAAUGUGUAGCUUUCAAAAUCAUCUGAAAAGGUAAUAUGAGACUCUGGGCCACAAAACCAGUCAUUUUUUUUAAACUGAUAUUUAUACAUCUGCUUUCCAUUGAUGUACGUUUUAUUAGGACAAUAUUUGUCCGAGAUACAACUAUUUGAAAAUCUGGAAUCUGAGGGUGCAAAAAAAUAUUGAGAAAAUCGCCUUUAAAGUUGUUCAAAUGGAAUUCUUAGCAAUGCAUGUUACUACUCAAAAAUUAAGUUUUGAUAUAUUUACGGUAGAAAAUAUCUUAAUGGAACACGAUCUUUAUGUAAUAUCCUAAUGAUUUUUGGGCAUAAAAGAAAAAUCGAUAAUUUUGACCCAUACAAUGUAUUUUUGGCUAUUGCUACAAAUAUACUGGUGCUACUUAAGACUGGUUUUGUGGUCCAAGGUCAUAUUUUAAAUUUAAUGUAAAUAUGACUUGUGAUACACAAGAAACAAGACCAAUACAACUUGA